AUGGGGAUGAUGAUGAGGAGGUAUGUUUUGAGGGUGUUUGUGUCGGGGAAGCACAUGACGGCGAACGUGGUGGAGGGGAACCGCGAGAGGGUGGUGGCGGGUGCGUCGACUGUGGAACACGCGCUGAGGGGCGCGUUCGAGUGGGGGAAGGGGUGUGACGCGAGGGCGGCGGCGUGCGUCGGGGAGGUGUUGGCGAUGCGGCUGAAGACGGAGGCGCCGGAGCUCGGAGUGGGAGGUGGAGGUGGGGUCCACUUUGACGCGGAGAGGGAGAUCGAGAAGAAGAGUGUCGACAACGGAGAUGCGGUCUGGGCCGUGGUUCGCGCUUUGAGGAACAGAGGCGUCAAGGUGUUCGUCGCCGGUGAUCGCAAUUCAGGUUCGCCUUGA